GUUUGAUAUGUACAUUGAAUAAUGGCAUCUAGAGGACAACAAGAAACUGGAAAAUUAAAACAGAAUUUGGAAGAACAAUUAGAUAGAUUGGUACAACAGUUAACUGAUUUGGAAGAAUGCAAAGAUGAUUUAGAGGAAGAUGAAUAUGAAGAAACAAGAAAUGAAACAAUUGAACAGUUGAAAGAAUUUAAAGAGUCUUUGGAUAAAAUGAUGGAAGGCAAUCUGAGUUUAGUUAGUUCAUUAAAUGGAAUGCAAUUGGCCAUUCAAGCUGCAAUAAGUCAAGCUUUUAAAACACCAGAAGUUAUUAAAUUAUUUGCUAAAAAACAACCAGGACAAUUACGACAGAGAUUAGCUGAGAUUCAAAGAGAUACAAAGAUUGGUAAAAUGUCAAGUGAUAUAGCUACAGAUCAAUCAGUAGAAAUAUUAACAGCUUUAAAAAAAUUAGGUGAAACUUUAACACAUGAAGAAGAGGCUUAUUUACAAUCCAAUUCCUCAGCAAGUCUCAAACAAUUUGAAAAAGUUUCAACCGUUUUAGCAUCUAGUGAUAAGGUUUUAGCUGUAGCAGGAUCACAAGUAGAAGAAGCAGCCAGAUAAAAGCCACAUUUAUUGAAAGCAAUAUUCCAUUAUACAAUAUUAUGUUCCAUAACAAAUGCUUUGAAAUAUAUUAUCAGGAUAUCUUUAUAGGGAAGUAGUCAUUAAAUCAUUAAUCAUCUUAAGGUGCUCAAGAUCAAGUUUUUUGUCUGAAUUAAUAUCUGACAUCGAAACUGAUAAUAAUCAAAUAUAAAUGUACUUACUAAGUAUAAAUGAUGCUGGCAUUAUUACAUGCAGAUAUAUAUGCUGCAAUUGAUGAUGACUUAAUGCUCUUGCAACUGUCAUCAAGUUUCUGUUUGUGAUAGAUGAACAAAAAGCAUCAUACUUCUGAAAAUUGAUUGAGUUGAGCUUUAUCUCCUGCUCUUCAAAUAUAUGAACCACUAUGAAAUACUGAAGGUUGUUCCUUUUAUUCCUUUCGUCAAAAUUGUCUUCUCUAAGUUUCAAUAUUUUAUUGUUUUUAUUAUGUAUAGUAAUUGUACUUAUUAUGAUGUAAUGUCAAAUGUUUGAUUAGUUUUGUUGUGAAUCUUUUAAACCAACAUCAAGUGUUGUGGUUCUUAGUGCAACUAUUAUGAUUAAUGAUUAAUUCUAAGGUGAAUUCUUCACUUACAACAGUCAAACAUCACAUGUGUGUGGAAAGUAAAGGCUCUUUAGCAGUUAUAUUUUUUGCAGUAUUGUUAGAAUUGAUUAUUACAAUAUCUGUUUCCAGCAGUGAAAUAUAUUGAACAUGAAAUAAUGCAGUUUAUUU